AUGAGUUUUUAUUCCAGUUUACCAUCCGUCCAGAAUGAGUCAAGUGCCUUAAGUUCAUACCAUCCCACGCUUUUUGAAAUAGUAUCAUCACAAGAGAUUGAUGAUCUUCUCCCUGCUUCGUUGCGUUAUAUCCUAACUAAGUAUUGGAUAACUAAUUACCCAUCAAGAUUUUCCAUUACUGUUAACAAUUAUUUCGAUGAGUGGUUCUCUCUGCUGUUAAAGGGAUCCAUCGAAUGGUUUCACAUUUACAAGUAUAAUUCUACAUUUGUAGAUAAAUAUUAUGGUCUUCAAAAAUUUAAUAAUUCAAAUAAAGUAAGGUCAAGUGUUUAUAUUGAUCUCAUCAGUAGAGGCAAACUCUCCGAAUGGCCUAAAUUGUUACAACUUAAGAAAGGACAACGAAUUAUAAUAUGGUUACAAAAAGUUAUAUUCCCAUAUCUAACUAAUAAAAUUGAUGAUUAUCAAAAAAAACUAAUUAAUAGUUCAUUAUUCAAUGAGGUGACUGAUUGGCAAAAAUUGUUUCUUAAAAUCUACCCUAUUUUGAAGAAAUUAAUAUUAAUUCUGAAUCUUGCGGUGAAAUUCACAUUUAUUUCAGGUACGAAUAACUCAAUAAAUCUGCUGGAUUAUCUUUUCAAUAUUAGUUAUGUAAGGACAAUUGCUCCUUUGAACAACAAUAAUGGAGAUAUCUAUGACAAUAUAACACUGGGACAAGGUUUCAACAAGAGAAUCGAUUUCAAUAAUAUAACAGUGAGAAGCAUUAUUAAAAAUAUGAUAUUAAAUGCAUGGCAGGGGGUUGCAUUUACCGGAUCCCAAGUCUUUCCUACUUUUAUGUUCAUGUUAAAAGUAUACCAAUGGUGGAUAAGUCAGGAUUUAACUGCGAAAUUACAAAAGAGAAUAAAUAAUAUAGAUAAAGAGAUUCCAAGACCCCCUUUGAACACAGCAGACCUUGAAACAUUAUCUGAUUCCAAUUGUAUAAUAUGUAAAAAUAUUAUCCAAAACCCAGCCGUCAUUGAAACUGGAUACGUCAUGUGUUAUCCAUGUGCUGUGAUGUACCUUAAAGAACACGAUGGUGAAUGCCCAGUCACCCACAGGAAGUUAAUACAAUGCGUAUUUGAUAAAAAUCUUAACGAAUGGGAUGUAUCAAGAAGUGUUCGUAAAUUAUUGAUUUGA